AGGGGUCCAUACACCCUUUACUGGAGAAGAAGAGAGCUUUUCAUCUUUCUGUUCCUCCUUUCUUUCUCUCCUUUUAUAUACAUAUAUAUAAGUGCAGUAUAUUCAAGGAGAUUAUGGGUGCAUCAUUCAAAUUGGACUCAGCAACGCCUGCUGACAUUGACGCAAUAGCACAAAUCUCUGGCGACGCAUUUCUCAAUGAUACUCACACUCUUCUAAAGGCCGUAUGGCAAGGCGAGAACAACCAUCGCGAUGGCACUAAACAAGAUCUAGUGGGGCUCUUUGGUAAGCCAAAUGUCGACAUCAUUGUAGCUCGGCAACAUGGUGUUGAUCAUAAUGAUGAUAGAGGAGAGAUCCUUGGAUUCGUUAUCUGGGCAACAUGGGGAUAUCCCGAGAAGAAUCAAAUACCCAUGAAACACAACAACAACAAUAGCAACCAAGGAUCCUCAUUUGCACCUUCAUCUACAACAGCAGGCACAACAACAUCAAGAGAGCUUCCUCUGCCUCCACCUCCACCUCCACCUCCAUCUCCUGUUCUUCCUCUAUCACCAUCUUCACCACUCACAAUCGGUGAGUUAAGGCAAACCACCAACAAUGCCAUGGUCCACUACUCGAAAUAUAUAAUGGUCCCUGGUAUUAAAUGUCGCUAUAUCUAUGGCAUCAGUGUUGCGCCUGCUUAUCAAGGCCAAGGAAUUGGAUCUGCUCUCUUGAAAUGGGGCACAGAUAAGGCAGAUGAGGAAGGUGUGUCCUGCUGGGUGAGUUCAUCUAUGAGUGGGUGGCCUGCCUUCGCAAAGGCUGGCUUUGUCGAGGUCGGACGGCUUGAGCUAAACCUUGAUGAUUAUGCACAAGGGAUCAAAAGGAAGAUCAGGAGUGGUGAGGAUAGCGUUGUAAAGAGAGAGGAGGAUUGGGGAACAUAUAUUUGGAGAUGGAUGAGAAGGGAUCCGACAGAUACGCAAUAACAUAUGAGAUUGUAUCUGCGUAAAUCAAUGUGUUCCUCGUGCCUUUAGACUAAGCGCUUCAAAG